CACACCUUGUGUUGCCAGUCCAGUUUGUCAUCGCAAGAAAUGGCUUUUAUGAUAUCCAAAACCCAGCCAUCUUUCUCUGAAUCAGAAAAGGUGACUGAGGAGGCUGAAACCCUGGAUUCAGUCACCACCCAGCUCUUUCUCAAAUCAUCCUCGUCUCGACGUUCAGCCCAAAGACUCGACAAAGACGUCGUCCUCAGGCGUUUACGGUUCCAUAAGACAUUGAAAAGGGUUAAGAACACUUUCCAGGCAAUACGUGCACCACAGGAUGGAGGUACAGUUUCAGAUUAUAACGAGAAAUGGCUCGAACAAGGCGAUAAUUUCUCCUUCCCAUGAGUCAUCGGAUUAUGUCGGUUGCUGUCGUCUGUUAGGAUGGCACUGGGAAGACGUUCAAGGCCCGAUUCUAUAGGCUAUAUCUCAGUGAAAUGACUGCCUGGAAAAUCCCAGUUGACGAGUCUUGAGGAUUUAUAUGUAUUUGUAAAUUAUAAUCAAUUCAAAGGAGACCACACAACUUAUAGUUUUAGCCCA